UACGCCGCCAAGUGGCCCUUAAGACGUCUAGCUGUAUAUAUCAUUUAUUUUUUACGUUGCUGCAUUUCCCGGAAAUGAGGAAUCGAAAGCAACUCGGCGAGCAAACGAGUCAUUACAUGAGAAGUAGCCACCGUAAGGUGUGUCGCUUUCCUCUUCUGGGCUUGAAGAAACUAAAAGUUUCCAGCAGCGGUACCAAGGUUUACCCUCCACAGUGUUGUUGGGAUGGACAGGCAGAAAAUGAUCCGAAUCACGGAAGCCUUGGGUUCUUCUGAAGUAGCUGCCCUCGGCUUCUUGUGCCGUGAUGUUCUCAACGUUAAAGAUAUUGAUGGAGUCACAGACGCAAAAAUUUUGCUGCGCAAACUGGAAGAACGAAAUCUCAUGAAGAACACUCAAUUUCUUGAUCAGUUACUGCGCACAAUCCAUCGGAAUGAUCUCCUCCAACACUUAGGGACAAACAUACAGCAUGCAGUGGAAACUGAUGCAAAUCCUUUGCUGUCAAAUUACAGAGUAAUGCUGUACCGUAUAUAUGAUGAAACCACUCAGGAAAAUUUCCAAACAAUGAAGUUUCUCUUGAGCGAUGUAGUGAGCCAGAGAAAAAGGGAUGAUUGCAAAACAGCGCUGGAUUUGUUUGUUGAACUGGAAAAAGUGAGGUUUCUCUCUCCAUCAUCUCUAACUGACCUGCAUUCAACACUGACGAAUGUGAAUCAACAAUUGGCCUCGAUUGUCAACGAAUUCAUGCAAAAAGCGCCUCACCAGCCAGUGAGUCAACCUUCUGCUGAUCUCAAUGAGAAUUUCCAGAAUGUAAAUAUCUCCCCUCGAAUGCCCACAUUGGAGACUCCACCUACCUAUGCUAGCCUUCUCUCCUUAGAUGCAGAGGCAAACGUCCAGCCUCCCUCCCUUUUUGAUCAGACAGAGUACUACGCAAUGACUCACAACCCUCAUGGUAUGUGUGUGAUCAUCAACAAUGAGGAUUUUGAGGGAAUGGAGCUGACAAAAAGGGCUGGAACGCAGGAGGAUGAGAAUGUUCUUAGCGGGCUGUUUUCCAAAUUUGGCUUCAAAGUGAUGGUCCAUAAGAACUUGACUGCGGAAAAUAUGAGGACUGUGCUAAAAAACUAUGGUUCAGGAAAUUUUUUAGAGGAUGAUGCUCUGGUUGUAUUUGUGCUCUCCCAUGGAGAAAGUGGUUGUGUCUUCGGGACUGAUGAGAAAAAGGUGUACCUUCGAGAACUGACUAUGCCCUUCAGAAGUGGAUCUGCUCCCACCUUGGCAGGGAAACCCAAACUCUUUUUCAUCCAAGCAUGUCAGGGAAGAGACCUACAAACAGGAUACUUGCCAUGCCCCCCAAACCCAAGUCGGGGCAGUCAGGACAGACAGAGCAACCUGGAAGCAGAUGCGGGUCCCAGCUACUCUGAGACUGUGCCCUCAGAUGCUGACUUUUUGAUCGGCAUGGCCACUGUGCCAGAAUUCAAGUCAUAUCGAAACAGGAACACUGGCUCCAUCUACAUCCAAGAGCUAUGCAAGCAGCUCAAACGAUCUGCCGAGAGCCGACGGGAGGAAGAUAUUCUCACUGUUCUGACACGUGUUAACAGAGAAGUCAGCAGAGGAGUGUACCUCAAUCACAAGCAAAUGCCUGAGCCCAAAUACACCCUCACCAAGAAACUAGUUCUGAAGUUUGUUGAUGGGAACUGAGUGCAACUCUCCUAAAGUGCCUUACAUUUAUCAAUGUCAUCAUGAAAGAAUGUUCUUAUGUUGAUGUUUACAAAAAUAUGAACAGUUCAGAUGAAAUGUUCUCUGAAGUUCCGAACAAUCAUACCGGUGCAAUUUGUAAAGAUGAUUU